AUUAGACUUGAUAAAUUCAAAUUUUAUUAAUCAUAUUUUUUAGUAAUAAUGCCAUAACUGUGAUCAUCGAUUUAAGUAUUACAUUUCUUUGAGUUAAGUUGUACGGUUAUAUAUUGUUACAUUUGUGUCAUAUCUAUUUGAAGAAAUCUUAUAUAUUGUAGGUUUUAGAGAUAUAAAGUAGUUAUUCAGACAAAUUUACAGCUUUUUGUAAUGCAGCUGGAUACAUUUAAUGAUUGAAAUAUGGAUUCACAAGAACAACAUUCAACCGAUUUCAUCAAUGUUAAUCCUAAAUCAAGUUCUAUGUCAAAAACUGAAUUUGAAAAUCUUGGUUUUAUUAUUGACAAUGGCAAGCCUAAAUUUAAAUUGGAUGAACCUAUAUCUACAAAUUUUCUUCCAAAUGUUGAAUUAACUAAGUCGGAGACUUCUCUUGAUGACAGCGAUACGUUAUCUUUUGUCAUACUGGGAAAGAAAUCAUUAGAUUCUAUACAAGCUUCGUCUUUAGCAACAUACUCAGAUAUUCAACAAAAAUGCAUGUCUAUUGAUUAUAAUUCAAUAAUAUCAUCUUUAAAUUCUUCUGAAAUACAAGAAAAGUUAACAGAAUUAUUACAAGAGAAUGUCAAAUUAAAAGAAACAUUAAAACAAAAUACUGUAGCUAUGAAACAACAAUUUAACACUUUAGUGACAUGGCAAGAGGAGGUAAUGAAUGUUCACAAACAUCACAAGCAAAAGUUUACAGAAACCAGACAAUUGAUCAAUAUUCUUAAACAAGAGAAUGCUGAAUUGAAAUUAAAACUUUGUGCUGUAAAUGCAGAUGACGCAAUAGUUGACAAUACAAAGGAAUUUAGUAAUUCUCUUGUAAAAGAAUUUGGUAAUUCGAUUCAUUUAAAUCAGCUACAGGACAAAAUAUCCUCUUUGACGGAUGAAUUACAUAACUUUAAAUCCAAUUGUGCAAAAUUAUCUGAAGAUGUUGAAAAAUAUAUCAGUCUUCCAAGCAUGACGAAUAUACAAUUGAAAGAAACAACUUGCACGACAGAAAAGCAAAAUCCUAAAACAAAAGAACUUGAAGAGCAACAUCUUGAAAUGAAUAAACUUGAAGAGCAAAAUGUUAAAAGAAAUGAACCUGAAGAGCAAAAUCCUAAAAUAAAAGAACAUGAAGAACAAAAUCUUGAAGAAAAUAAAGUUGAAAUGGGUAGUAGUACAGAGCAAGUUCAAAUUAAAGAAAUAAGUCAGCUUAAUAGUUCGCUCAAAGAUGAAAUACAGUUGCUACAUAGUUCCAUAAAUCUUAAUAUGAAACAAAUGUCAGAUCACAUAAUAUCUCCACAAAGUCAUUACUUUACACAAAGUAUAAAACAAUAUGGAGAAAUGUUACAGGAAGUAACUGAUUGUUUCAUUGCACAAAUUAGUCGGUAUUCUGCUAUACAAAAAUGUAUAAAGGAUUGUAUAAAUAUAUUAGAUGCUUGUGAAACUAUAAAAUUACCUGAACAAUGUGAAAUGGUUGAAAAAAACUGGUCAUUACAACUUGAACAACUACAAAUUUACAAAGAUAAAUUAUCUAUCUAUCAGAAAACGUUGCACGAAGAACAAUUGAAAUUAAUAAUCGAUAGACAAAAUUUUAUUAAGAUUCAGAACCAAUUUCAGAAGAUAUUUUCUGAUUAUAAUUCUAUUUUGUAUGAAUUACAAAUGAUGUCAGAAGAAAACAUUAGAUUAAAUAUAAUGAAAGAUCACAUCUCUAAGGAAAGUUCACAAAAAAUAACUGAAUUAGAGAAACAUAAAAAUGAAAAUGAACAAAAAUUUAAUGAUAUUAAAACUAUUCUAGAGCAAGAAAGAGAAACUUGGAGUGAACAAAAAAAGUUAUUUGAUAAUCUUAGAAAAAGUUUAAAUAUGGAAUACAAACGCCUGAUUGAUCAAAAAGAAAUGCUCUUUAGUUUACACGAGGAAAAAGCAUUAGUGGACAAACAAUGUCAAUUACAUAAGAGUAAUGAAGAACUUCUACAAACAGAGAAAGAAACAUUGGAACAAAAUUAUAAACAAUUAAUUGCAGAUGCAGAUGCUUUACGUAUUCAAUUAGAAGAGAAAGAAAAUGCUCUUACACAACUUACUGUAAUUAAUAAAGAACAAGAUAAAGAACUAAUGCAACAGAAAAAUGAAAUAGAGCUUUUGAAAAUACAAAUAUUGUAUUAUGAAGAAGAUUUCAAUUCUGAGAAAAGAGCUAAAGAGGAACUAUCAGUUGAAAAAAAUCAACUACAGAGAGAAUUAGAAAUUGCUUAUAGAAAAAUAGGACAUUUACAUCAUCCAGAAUUAGAAUAAAAGUCAAAUCUUGCAAGAAAAAAAAAUUUCUUUUAUAUACUAAAGAAUUGGAUAAUGUGUUAUAAAAGCAAGUAUUUUAAUUUAAUAUUACUCUAUAUCAGGUCAUAAAUCUAUUAAUUAUGCUGAUUAUAGUAUAAAUUUCAAAUUCAAAGGUUCACUUUGUUUAUGAAUUAUUAAUAAAAAUGAUAGAUUUAUGUCAUAAAUAAUACUAUUUUAGUAUUUAUAGGUCACAUGUUCUUUUUCAAGCUUUUAAUAAUUCGUACAACAUUUCUUUCUAUUUGUUUGAAAAUUAAUAAUUAAUUAGUACAAGAAAAAUUUUAAUUAUAUAUUAGUUUAUGCAGAUUAACAAUAAAAUAAAAAUUCUUUCUUUUAUCUAAUUUAUUUAAUAUCUUUCCUUAUCUAAUAUCCGCUAUAUGUGAUAAGUAAAGGAAAAUAUAUUAUCAUACAACAAAGAUAAGUUUUAUUGAUUUUGAAACUUAAUAACCUAAUAUUAUUAUAUCUUUAUUUUAUUAUUUAUUUUUUUAUACAGUAUUGAUAAGUAUACGAUUUUAUAUAAUAAAAUAAUGUAUACAAUAUAUGUAUAAUAUAAAUUAAACUAUGUGUGUGUGUGCAUGUGUAUUUAUGUGCAUGUGUGUAUGUGUAUGUAUUUAAUGGUUAUUUAAGCCUACAUAGUCAUGAGAAAUUAUUUUUUUAUUUUACCUAUUAGUCUUAUGAAAUUCUAAAUAGUGCAAAGACAAAGAAAUAUGUGUGUUUGUGUUUGUGUGUAUGUUGUGUUGUGUGUUGUGUGUGUGGAUAUGUAUGUAUGUAUGUAUGUAUAUAUAUAUAUUUAUAUAUAUAUAUUUAUAUAUAUAUAUAAAAGAAAAAUAAAGUAGUACAUUUUUUUUUACACUAUAUUAAAAAACACUAGUAAAUAUGCUGUAAACAAAAUAUCAAUGCAAACUAUAAAUUUAAGAUAUGUGAUUAUAUGUAUAUUGUUUGUGUGUAUCAUAUUUUAUUACUUGUUGUAUACUUGUAAAAUAAUAAAUGAAUCUUGAUUGAAAAUACAGAAUACAUUAUUUUAUUCUACAUAUUGUAUUUGACUGAUGUUUCUUUCAUUUUCUCUUUUUUUUCUUUCCUUCUCUCUCUCUUCCUCUCUCUCUCUCUCCUUCUUUCCCUCCCUCUCUCCCACUCCCACUCCCACUCUUUAUUAUAUAUAUGUGUGCACGCGCGAGUGCGCGUGUGUAUGUUUAUAUGAUUAAUUACACAAAGAUUUUUUUUAUAUAACAUACUUUUGCAAUGUUUACUUUCUUCAUUCUAUACAACGAAACUUUGUACGUCUUCUGCAAAUGAAUUAUUAAUGUACAUGCGGUAUCUAUUAUUUUUCUUAUCCUUGCAAUUUAAUUUAUAAAGAUCGAGUAAG